GAUAGGAGUUUGGCGCCCGACGAUUUAAAAUUCUCACUCAUUUUCAAUCUCCCACCCUUCAUCUACUACCUCUACUCUAUGAGAAAUUAGGGAUAGGCAAUGAGUUAAAAACUACAAGGAAAAACUUCCAAGUAAUCUCAUGUACACAAGUUUAGGCAUCAACUAGUAGAGGAACAAGUUUUAACGUUAGCCAAAUUUAUUCAUUGGAGUGUCCUACAAUCAUUCAACAAGGAGUAGCUACACAUAUAUAUAGUGUAGGAUCAUAAGGUUUGAAAUCGCCAAAUUACUAAGCCAUGGAGCUCUCAUUCAUUCUCCUCUUGCUCGUUUGCGCCAUCAUCGCCCCUCGUGCUUCUCCACUACAGGCCAAAGACUUAGGCUACUCGUCGACUGACCUCACAUCCGACGAGACAUUGCUUAACCUCUUCCACUCCUGGGCAGCUAACCACGACAAACCCUACUUAACGUCCCCGGAGACCAAGUCCACCAAGUUCGGGGUCUUUAAAGACAACCUCAACCACAUUGUCUCGGUGAACAAGAAGAGAAAGAGCCACUGGCUCGGCCUCAACGCAUUUGCCGACAUGACCCACGAUGAGUUUAAGCGCAACUACCUCGGACUCAACUUGCAAAAGUACUCGAAUGACAAGGCCAGUGCGACCUUCAUGUAUGAGAAUGCAACGAAUCUGCUGACAUCGAUCGACUGGCGUAAGAAGGGGGCUGUCACGCCGGUGAAGAAUCAAGGCGGAUGCGGGAGUUGUUGGGCUUUCUCGGCGGUGGCAGCCAUGGAAGGCAUAAAUCAGAUUGUGACAGGAAACUUAUCCUCGCUAUCGGAGCAAGAACUUAUCGAUUGUGAUAUAAUUUUCAACGAAGGGUGCAGUGGAGGAACCAUGGACUACGCUUUCGCCUUCAUCGCCACCAUUGGAGGGCUCCGCACCGAGCAAGACUAUCCUUACAUCAUGGAGGAUGGCUCAUGUCAACAAACUAUGGGAAGUAAAGUGAAGAGAGUGAGCAUCAGUGGGUAUGAAGACGUGCCAAAGAACAGCGAGGCGAGCUUGUUGAAGGCAUUGGCGCAUCAACCAGUAAGCAUCGCCAUCGAAGGCUCUGAUCGGGACUUGCAAUUCUACAAGGGGGGAGUUUUUGAGGGGCCCUGUGGGACGGAACUCGAUCACGGAGUGACAGCAGUUGGCUACGGGAUGACGUUCAAUGGACAGGAGUAUAUACUGGUGAAGAACUCGUGGGGGGCAGAGUGGGGGGAGGGAGGGUUCAUCAGGAUGAGAAGGAACACCGGGAAGGUGGAAGGGCUUUGUGGCAUGUACAAGAUGGCUUCAUAUCCAACUAAGAAUAAGCCAUGAAUGAUGAGGAAGUUAAUCGAUCUCAUUCAUCGACAUAUUCAUGUUCAGUGUUACCAACCCCCAAGUAGAAUCAAUACAAUACCAAUCGAUGUUCGAUACCUCAAAUCACUCUUUCUAUAUCGAAAUCCUGAGAGUCGAUCAAAAAAGUAAG